GGGAUGCUCCAAAUAAGCGUUAUCACGGGGGAGCAAGAGUGCGUGACUAUGUUACGUGGGUUUAGCGGAGAGAGGCGAUAGAGAGGGCGGGACUUCUGAUAGAUGCCCAGUACCGAAUAAGAUACAUGUUUCGGAUAUUGCUUUGUCAUAUUUUUGGUAAAAACUCUGUCAUUAUUCUCCCUAUCGAUUUUGUUGGUCUUAUUGGCACGGCCCUAUUUUUCUCGCUCCAGGGAAUGUUAACGGGCUUACACAACCCGAAGGAAGUAAGAGAUACGGAAAUGCGUUCCGAUAGACCGGGAUAACGCAAAAACUCAGGAUCCUUGCUCCAACGAUCCUACUGCAAUCAUGGGCGCGCGAUGCGCGUACACGGAAGCUUGCAGCGAUUGUAAGCGGAAAAAAAAGAGACAAGCUGUUGUAUGAGGACGACGUGACAGGGGACCGAAGCAUUUCCUUGGAGAAAAGCAAUAUUGGAAUAUAUCGAGGGAAGAAUAGCGCAUUUAGACAGAAGACGGGUGGUUCUCAUAGGAUACGCGCCGUGGAGCCUAGGACGCGCGGCUUUGAUGCAUUAACAGGAAUGUGUGUUUGAAUGUGGUCCGCGUAACCCUUCCUUGUCAUAAACGCUAUAGCGUGAGCUGUCGGGGCAGUGGAUUCCAGCAACAGCAGAGCUGGGAUGUCCUGAGGGGACCCCCGCGGGCCCCAGAGCAGGGACGCGCUGAUGGGACCUGCUGCGCCGCCAUGAGCCUUCAAGACGGCUGCGGCGGCGCCAACCUGGCGGCCGCCGGCGGCAGCAUGCGGCGCCGGCUGGAGGACCAGGAGCUCACGCUGCGCGUCUACCCGGGCCCCCUGGCCGAGGGCACCAUCUACUGCCCCGUGGGCGCCCGCAAGAGCACCAGCGCCGCCGACGUCAUCGCCGGCGUCAUCGAGCGGCUGCGCCUGGAGCGCACCCAGUGCUACGUGCUCGCCGAGGUCAAGGAGUUCGGCGGCGAGGAGUGGAUCCUGAACCCGGGCGACUGCCCCGUGCAGCGCAUGAUGCUGUGGCCGCGCAACGCGCUGGAGAACCGCGGCGGGCUGGGCAGCGGCGAGGACUACCGCUUCCUGCUGCGCGAGAAGAACCUGGACGGCUCCAUCCACUACGGCGGCAGCCUGCAGAUGUGGCUGCGCGUCACGGAGGAGCGGCGCCACAUGGUGGAGCGGGGUUUCCUGCCCCAGCCCGCAGGGAGCCAGCACCCGGCGGACCUGUGCGCCCUGCCGGAGCUGACGGAGCGCGCGCUGCUGGAGAGCCUGCGGGCGCGCUUCCGCCAGGAGAAGAUCUACACGUACGUGGGCAGCAUCCUCAUCGUGGUCAACCCCUUCCAGUUCCUGCCCAUCUACAACCCCAAGUACGUGAAGAUGUACGACAACCACACGCUGGGCAAGCUGGAGCCGCACAUCUACGCGGUGGCGGACGUGGCGUACCACGCCAUGCUGCAGCGCCGCAAGGACCAGUGCAUCGUCAUCUCCGGGGAGAGCGGCUCGGGGAAGACGCAGAGCACCAACUUUCUGAUCCACCACCUGACCGCCCUCAGCCAGAAGGGGUUCGCCAGCGGGGUGGAGCAGACCAUCCUGGGGGCGGGGCCCGUGUUGGAGGCCUUCGGGAACGCCAAGACGGCCCACAACAACAACUCCAGCCGCUUCGGGAAGUUCAUCCAGGUCAACUACCAGGAGAGUGGAACUGUCCGAGGGGCCUACGUGGAGAAGUACUUGCUGGAGAAGUCCCGUCUGGUUUACCAGGAGCACAACGAGAGGAACUACCAUGUAUUUUACUACUUGUUGGCGGGAGCGAGUGAGGAGGAAAGGAAGACCUUUCAUCUGCUGCAACCGGAAGAGUACCACUACCUCAACCAGAUGACAAAGAAAUCAAACAAACUCCACUGGGACAAUUACUAUGAAAGCGAGCUGGACUGCUUCACAGUGGAAGGGGAGGACUUGAAGCACGACUUUGAGAGACUCCAGCUGGCCAUGGAGAUGGUGGGCUUCCUGCCUGCUACGAGGAAACAGAUCUUCUCGCUGCUGUCGGCCAUCCUCCUGCUGGGGAACAUCCGGUACAAGAAGAAGACGUACAGAGACGACUCCAUCGACAUCUGCAACCCGGAGGUCCUGCCCAUCGUGUCUGAGCUGCUGGAGGUAAAGGAGGAGGUGCUGCUGGAGGCGCUGACCACCAGGAAGACGGUGACCGUGGGAGACCGGCUCAUCGUCCCCUACAAGCUGGCUGAGGCGGGCACAGUGAGAGACUCUAUGGCAAAGUCGCUGUACAGCGCCCUCUUUGAUUGGAUCGUGUUCCGGACCAAUCAUGCGCUGCUCAACAACAGGGACCUGGAGGACAACGCCAAGAUCCUGUCCAUUGGAGUGCUGGACAUCUUUGGCUUCGAGGACUAUGAGAACAACAGCUUCGAACAGUUCUGCAUCAACUUUGCCAAUGAGCGUCUCCAGCACUACUUCAACCAGCACAUAUUCAAGCUGGAACAGGAGGAAUACAGAGCAGAGGGCAUCAGUUGGCACAACAUUGACUACAUCGACAACAGCGGCUGCAUCAACCUGAUCAGCAAGAAGCCCACCGCACUGCUCCACCUGCUGGACGAAGAGUGCAACUUCCCCCAGGCCACCAACCAGACCCUACUGGACAAGUUCAGACGGCAGCACGACGCUAACCGCUACAUUGAGUUCCCCGCCGUCAUGGAGCCCGCCUUCAUCAUCCACCACUACGCCGGCAAGGUCAAGUACGGGGUCAAGGACUUCCGGGAGAAGAACACGGACCACCUGCGGCCGGACAUCGUGGCCCUGCUGAAGAGCAGCAAGAAGGCCUUCAUCUGCGGCCUGAUGGGCAUCGACCCCGUGGCCACCUUCCGCUGGGCCGUGCUGCGCGCCUACUUCAGGGCCCUGGUGGCCUUCAGGGAGGCUGGCAGCAGACACACGCACAGCAAGACGGGGAGCGAGGCGGCGGUCCCCAGCGCGGCCCUAAAAACGGUGGACAGCUUCAGCUUCCUGCACCACCCGGUGCACCAGCGCAGCCUGGAGAUCCUGCAGCGGUGCAAGGAGGAGAAGUACAGUAUCACGAGGAAGAACCCUCGGAGCCCCCUGACCGACCUGCAGGGCACCAACGCAGUCAAUGAGAGGGGCAGCAGGGAGAGCCUCUACGCUGGGGGCUGUAACGGCCGGGGCUCCAGGGCUCUGCGCCUGGCCUCCACGGGGAGCCCCACCCUGGAGGAGGACGGCAUCUUCCUCAACUCGGACAAGAGCAAGCUGCUGGAGAGGGCCCAGGGCAUCCUGCUGAGAAACAAAAACUACAAAAGUAAACCUUCCCUUCCCAAGCAUCUGUUGGAUGUUAAGUCUCUGCGCUACCUGAGCAGCGUGACGCUCCACGACCGCAUCACCAAGUCCCUGCUCCACCUGCAUAAGAAGAAGAAACCGCCCAGUAUCAGCGCUCAGUUCCAGGCGUCCCUGAAUAAGUUGAUGGAGACCCUGGGUCAGUCGGAGCCGUACUUUGUCAAGUGUAUCCGCUCCAAUGCUGAAAAGCUCCCGUUGCGGUUCAACGACAGCCUGGUGCUCAGGCAGCUCCGGUACACGGGCAUGCUGGAGACCGUCCGCAUCCGCCAAUCAGGGUACAGCAUCAAGUUCACCUUCCAGCACUUUGUGAGUCACUUCCUCAUCCUGCUGCCUCGUGGAACCAGCCCAACCAAGGCGGGCAUCCGGGACUUCUUCCGUAAGAUCCACCUGGCCCCAGCUGGGUAUCAAGUGGGCAACACCAUGGUGUUCCUGCGGGAGGCGGAGCGGCAGCACCUCCAGAGCCUGCUCCACCAGGAGGUGCUGAGGAGGAUCGCGGCGCUGCAGCGGCGCUUCAGGGCCGUGCUGGAGAGGAAGCACUUUGUCAGGAUGAGACAAGCCUCCUCUAUGAUCCAGCGGUGGUGGCGUACCCACCUCCGGAGCCGGGCGGAGUCGGCCGUGGAGCCGGCGGCAGCGGAGGCGGCCGCGCUGCGUCUGCAGGCGGCGUGGAGGGGGUUCCGGGAGCGCCGGGCCUACCAGGAGUGUCGUGAGGCGGCCGUGGUCCUCCAGAGGAGCUGGAGGUCCUGCCUCGGCCGCCGGACUCUGGCGGCCGUCGUGAUCCAGGGCUCCUGGAAGGCGUGCAGAGAGAGGCGCCGCUACAGGAGGAUCCAGGAUGUCACGGCGGAGCUCCAGGCGGCGGGCAGGGGAUACCUGGCCCGACUCAGGUUCAAAGAGCUGAAGAGCGAGCGUGACGCUAAGCAGGAGUGCAGGGACGCCAGCGGCCCCGAAGAAGAGGAAGAGGCGGCGAUGAGCCUGGGUGCGGAGGACCCCGCCCUCCCCGGGACGGACACCUCCUCCUCUGAGGCCGCUGGGGGGCCCGCGCCGGGACCCCAGGACGUGGAGGAGGGGGCGGACAAAGAGCAGGCCAGGGAGCGGAGCUGCAGCAUGAGCGACACCAGCCUCAAGUGCCGGUCCAAGCGGGAGAGCCGCCGCAUGAGGGAGCUGGAGCAGGCCCAGUUCAGCCUGGAGCUGCUCAAGGGCCGCGCCACCGGUGCCGGGGGCCCCCUGCCGGAGGAGCCCGUCCGUGGUAGCGGGCCCUCUGAGGAGCGCGAGAGGGGCCCCCAGUCCCCCCGUGGGUCGCCCGCCAGUCCCGAGAGCCGGGAGCCAUUCCCCGCGGAGGACAUGGAGACGGAAGGCUCCAGAAGCUCCGACGGCCCCCGGGAACAUUCUCAUCUAGGAGGUUCCCGGUCAGAGACUGAGCCAUUGGGCACGGCACGCAGGGAUUCGAACUACAAUGAAAGGCCAGAGUUUGAAAAAGAACAGGCUCAGAGAGCAACGUUUUACAUCUCUGCUGACCAAAGCCCCGUCCACGAGCCCAAAUGCGAGAGCCCCAGCAAGGGUGUGAAAGAGAGGCGAGAGUCCAGCUCUCGGAGGCCCGUGGUGGUAGUCAUCAGCAUGCAGAAGGAAAGCCCGGUGGAUGAGACGGAGCUGCAGGCAGCCCAAGCCCUAGAAAGGACUUCUGAUGUCGGGGAAAGCGUUUCGGGUUCCUGCCCGACCACGAUAGCAGGUCUAGAGUUAGGCACGACUCCCAGGCCCACAGAGUCCCCCGCCAUGAAACACGUAUCCCCUACGGAAAGUGGUCCCCCCAAGGCCGCCCCGUCAAGCCCCCAUGAAGAUAGUCCAGGGUCUCCAGCCAUUUGCUCCUCAGAGGUGGACAUCCAGUUAGUCCUGGAGCCAAGGCCCUCGAUGCUGCCGGUCCUGCCCAGCCAGAAGGACAGGAAAGGGGGCAGGCCAGCGCAGGCGUGCCCCAGUGUCCAUGUCCUGGAGACCAAACCACCGAAGGCCCAGAAGAAGAGUUCAGCCCAGACUGUGAUCGUCAAUAUGACAGAGAAGCCCGCGACGACAGUGUUUUCUCCACCCAGACGCAAGCUGCCCUUCUCGAAAUCUGAUAAAGACCUGGUCAACCAGGAGAGGUCUUUGUCCUUGCAUGAGGACCCCUCCAGCUCCAAAUCUUCUGCAGGUUCCAGAAGAGAGAUCAGUCGCCCUGGUCCCAAAAAGAAAGCGCGCAUGUCCCGGACUCGCUCCGACUUCCUCACUCGCUGUAACUCAGAAGGGGCCACCCAGUCGGACGACGAGGACGACGAGUACUACGUCCCCGCGGUGUCACGCACCCUGCCCCCCUCCCUGUCCCCCCCCCACCCCCACCCCCACGCAGACUGCCUCAGUGACGGCGAGAUGUCGUCUCACAAAGACCAGAAGAAGAUCCACAAGACCAUGUCCUCCGGAGACCUGGGCAAGGUGGAGGUUCUCCGGAAGACCUCCAGCCAGGACGGAAGGAUGAGAGGCAAGAUGCGCUUCUGGAGUAAGACAAAACACGCGGACAAGAAGCUGUCCAAGGAGAGGAGUGAGAGUGUGGACACGCCAGCGGUCGACGGGCCCUCACCUCCCCGCAGCCCAGACGCGGGGGCCUCCCCGGGGGGGCCCAGGGACGCCAAGGAGAACAAGGAGCCCUCGCCCAAGUCCCGGCGGAGGCGGAGCGUGAAGAUCAGCAGCGCUGGGCUGGAGCCCGCCCACUGGCAGAACGACGCCCUCCUCAUCCUCAGCACCGCCCACGACUACCGCAGCAUGAACGACUUCCUGAUGAAGAAGAUCGGGGAGCUGGAGUCUGAGGACGGUAAGAAGGACACCAUGGUGGACGUGGUCUUCAAGAAGGCCCUGAAGGAGUUCAGGAUCAACAUCUUCAACUCCUACUCCACGGCUCUGGCUAUGGAGGACGGCCGCAGCAUCCGCUACAAGGACCUGCACGCGCUGUUUGAGCAGAUCCUGGAGAAGAGCAUGAAGCAGGAGCAGAGGGACUGGAGCGAGUCGCCCGUCAAGGUGUGGGUCAACACCUUCAAGGUCUUCCUGGACGAGUUCAUGACGGAGUACAAGCCCAUGGAGGGCACCAUCGGCAGGGCUUCUAAACCAGAGCGGAAGAAGAGGAGGAAAAAGGAGAGCGACAUUGUGGAGGAGCACAAUGGCCACAUCUUCAAGGCCACCCAGUACAGCAUCCCCACCUACUGUGAAUACUGCUCCUCCCUCAUCUGGAUGAUGGACAGAGCCUGUGUCUGCAAACUCUGCCGCUACGCCUGCCACAGGAAGUGCUGCACCAAGAUGACCACCAAGUGCAGCAAGAAGUACGACCCGGAGCUGUCGUCGCGGCAGUUUGGGGUGGAGCUGUCACGCCUCAGCAGGGAGGAGCACACGGUGCCCCACCUGGUGGAGAAGCUCAUCAACUACAUCGAGAUGCACGGCCUCUACACCGAAGGCAUCUACAGGAAGUCUGGCUCCACCAAUAAGGUCAAAGAGCUCCGCCAGGGGCUGGAUACAGAUGUGAGCAGCAUGAACCUGGACGACUACAACAUCCACGUCAUCGCCAGCGUGCUCAAGCAGUGGCUCCGCGACCUGCCCAGCCCUCUCAUGACCUUUGAACUCUACGAGGAGUUCCUCAGGGCUAUGGGUCAGCCAGAGAGGAGGGAUGUGAUCCACGGCGUGUACUCCAUCAUCGACCAGCUCAGCAGGACUCACCUGAGCACCCUGGAGCGCCUCAUCUUCCACCUGGUCAGGAUCGCUCUGCAGGAGGACACUAACAGGAUGUCGGCCAACGCCCUGGCCAUCGUGUUUGCCCCGUGCGUCCUUCGCUGCCCGGACACUAUUGACCCUCUGCAGAGUGUCCAGGACAUCAGCAAGACCACAGCGUGUGUGGAGCUGAUCAUCAACGAGCAGAUGCGCAAGUACACGGCUCGCCUCAAGGACAUCAGCAGUCUGGAGUUCGCUGAGAGCAAGGCCAAGAGCAGGCUCAUGCACAUAAAGAGCUCCCUGAGCAAAGAGCGCAUUCGGCGUAGCAGCAGCAGCAGCCUCAUCCCCUCGCCGCCCCUUAGCCCCAAGGCGGCGCCCCCGGAGGCGGAGGAAGGGACUGCAGGAGAAGCGGGAGGAGGAGAAGAAGAAGGAGGGGGAGAGGAGGUGGAAGAGGGGCCGGGGCUUAGCGAGCAGCAGCAAACGGCCUUGCAGCACGAGGAGAGGAUACUGACGGCGCAGAUCGAGAGCCUGCAGAAGGAAAAGGAGGAGCUGACCUUCGAGAUGCUGGCGUUGGAGCCCCGGACGUCUGACGAUGAAACCCCAGAGUCUGAGGCCUCCAUCGGCACGGCGGAGAGCUCGGAGAACAUCGCCAUGGAGACGGAAGGGGCGACCUCCGGCCCUCAUGGGCGAGAGACCCCCCUCUGCAGGAAGGCCGAGGCCAAAAGCCGACGCACUCAGCGGCGACAGCCAGACUCCUCCCCCUCCUCUUCCUCCUCCUCCUCCUCGCCGGCCACCACAGCCGCCGCCGCCGCCUCUGCGCUCUCCUCCUCCUACCACCUGCCGCCCUCUCUCUCCUCCACCUCCUCUUCCUCCUCCUCCCAGCCCUUCCCCCACCGCUUCCGCUCCUCUUCCUCGGGCCCCCUCCUGACCUCGUGCCCCCUGGGCGCCCCGGAGCCAGACCUGGGCGCGGCGGGCGCGGCCAUGGGCCAGAGGGGCAGCAAGAUCCGCCACCGGCUCCGGCUGAGCCGCAGCUCGCCGCGCGACCCCACCGAGGCGCAGCGCAGGGAGACGGGGGACUUUGGCUCGGCGCCGCAUCAGCUGGUUCUGUACGGCAGCAACGAGUUCAUGGUGUGAGCGCCUCCGGUCUGAGAGGGGAAGAGGAUGGGAGAGAGGAGGAGGAGGAGGGGAGGAAGAGCGCUUUGCUGAUGACCGUAUGCUGUGGGGGAGGGGGGCCAGUGUUGACACACUCCCCCCCCCCCCUCUCCCUGUCCCCUCUCCUCUCCGGGGGUUUGGAUACACACCGAAGGUAAAGGAGAAAGGACCACGGCGGAACCAGUCAGAACUGGCCACAUGCCAAUACUGUUCAUUAAGAAAGAAUUCAAAAAAUAAUCUUUUUUCUUUUUUUUUUAUGUUACCAACGCACCGGGUGGGGGGGGGUUGAUCCGGGCCCGCCGCACAAGUAUUCCCGCCGAAUUAGGCCACGCCCAUCUCCCCCUGUCACAUCGAGAUACUUAUGUGACGCCAUUCAUUCGGCCACGUCAUAUACGUUAAUAUUAUUAUCAUUGGUGUUUGUUGUUUGUUGUUAUGUUACAAAGGAAGCGGAGAUGUACAUAGACUGAAACUCCUGGUGUGAAAAGGUUGUCCGAAAUCAAUAUUACCCCUGUUUCUCUCCAUCUUUUCUCGCCCUCCUUCUCUCUCUCUCUCUCUCUCUCUCUCUCUCUCUCUCUCUCUCUCUCUCUCUCUCUCUCUCUCUCUCUCUCUCUCUCUCUCUCUCUCUCUCUCUCGUUCUCUCUCUCGUUCUCUCUCUCGUUCUCUCUCUCGUUCUCUCUCUCUCGUUCUCUCUCUCCCUCUCUCUCUCACUCACUCUCUCACUUUCCUUUUUUCUCUCUCUGCCUCUCUCUCUCGCCCUCUCGGAAGGAAGUCCACUUUUCUUUGUUGUCGUUUUUUGUGUGUUUUUCUUCCCGCUGUGUUUCCCCCCCCCCCCUCGUACCUGAAUUACAGUUCACGGGGCCAAAUGGGAGGUGGCUUCCACUGAUGACCAGUGAUCUCUGAGAGAUGAGGUCGCCUCAUCCCCCAUCCGCCAUUGUGGGAGGCCUGAUGUGAAGAGUCAACCGAUCAGCCAUACACAGUGUCGUUCAGUACAGCGGGGAGCUGUCCCUGAGGCCGCCAUGACGCUCGUAUUGAUUUAGACAUAUCAGUGUUAAAGUGUUUAUGACUUGAAAGUGGUCUCAUUUUGUUAUGGCUGUUCUUUUUAUUUUUUUAUUUGGUAUUUGUUUACUUUUGGUGUCAUUUUGGUGAUCAAUCAUUGUUGAAGAUGCCGUGUUUUCAUUGUUGUGUGUGUGUGUGUGUGUGUGUGUGUGUGUGUGUGUGUGUGUGUGUGUGUGUGUGUGUGUGUGUGUGUGUGUGUGUGUGUGUGUGUGUGUGUGUGUGUGUGUGUGUGUGUGUGAGAGAGAGUUCUGCAUGGGAACACACACGCAUACACCUGCGUUACACCAGGUGUGUUCUGAGCCAUAUUAUUCUGUUUGUGUUGCCAUUUUGUUCCAUAACUGUCCAAUGCAUUCACUUCCUUUCUGGUGAUUGCUGGGAAAAGUAGCAUAAACUUUGUGUCUCUCUGGUCAUCACAUAGUAGUAACCAGCCUGGACUCCUAAUGGAAAGCUAUCUAGCUAACAUGCUAUCAACUCCUUUUGGACUAGUUACACUCUUUCAUUCUCUCUCUCGCCCUCCCUUUACAGUAUUUAAAGGGAUUAAUAUCCAGUCUAUGUCAGCUAUGUGCAAAGCUUUUGACUAUAAAUACGUACAGAUGCUACAACCCCCUUCUAUAGCUACAGUAUAUCUUGCUUGCAGUGAUGAGACGCUAUGGCGCCAGUCGGCCACUAGUCGGCCACAGAGCGUCUUUCCACUACUUUGGAAAGUGCGCUAUUCUCGGUUUUAGCAUGUCGUCUAAAAUCGCUUUUGAACACAUGAGGACAGAGACAUAGUGAUGUAUGAUCUAACGGGAGCAGUCACUACCAACACAUAAAACGUGUUUGUUUGUUGAAAACAAAAUGUAUUUUUUCUUUUCAAGGGGUUGUUGUGAAUAAUGGUGUUUCGAACCUAAGAAAUUAUUUGGGAAGAUAUUUCUUUCUCUGUGAAUUACAAGCUAUUAUUUAAGAACACGUGGUUUGUGAUUGUUUACGCUGUCCACAUGGCAUUCUGCAACAACAAAAAAUGAAAAAAAUGAAUGUACCGAUUAGGAGGCAUGCUCUGCUUUCUUUUGGUUAUUUGUUUGUCUUUUAUAUACCAUAUAUAGUACUAUUUAUGAUCAUGUUUCGGGGUGUACAUUGGUCAAAAAAGAAAGCUUGUUAUAAAUGGAUAUAUUAUCCUAUGUACGAUUCAUUAUCUACUAUUAAUCAUUGGCACGGUUUGGACAGGUCAUUAUCUUCUGUCGUAUUUGUGCCGGAAGUUACCGACCUUAAUUUGAGCGGUGAAACUCGUUUUCGGCGUUCAUCUCGGACGGACACGGUCUUGUAUGAGGUUUGUGUAAAAUUUAUUUUAUUUUUUAUUUGAAUAUUGAUGAUUGUCCAAAAAAAAUGAAUUCAUGAGGGUAAAGCUUCUGCUUAUUAAAAAAAAGGCAAACUGGAGUCCGACCUCAAUGGCUUUUGUGAUUCACAUAAAUAUUGAAUGAAAGAAAGAGGCCUCUGGUGCAGCAUCAUCGUGAUGAACCCAAAUAUAGGCGCAGUUCUUUACGUUGGGUGUUAAAGAGGUUUUAACACCCAACGUAACGUUUAACACCCACUCUGCUGUGCUCUUUAAAAUAAGUAAUAAAAACUAGGUCCUUCCUGGGGAUGGCUACUGUAGUUGCAAUUUUUGUUAACGACUUAUCUAAUUUACUUCAACUAGCUAUGAGCAAUAGAAAUCGGGGAGUCCGGAAAAAGUAAUGACAGAGACUUUAUUGUUACCCACAAAAUAGGGUGGCAGAGCCGUGCAUGUGGUUUUGCAAAAGACACACUGACUGGCGCUCCGAUCCCAGUCCCUCUUAUCCACCCAAACUGAGCUGUCAUGUAUGUAGUAUAUGACCGUCCUGGUAUAUGUUCAAAAUGGCCUUACAUUCCCUUACGUAUGUGCUCAUCUCCUGUAGUUAAUCUAAAAAUGGGAGGAUGUCAGUAGUCUGGGCCCCAAAGUCCUUGGUGCCUUAUCAGGCCAUUACUCUGGGUCCAGCGUCCAGGUGUGGUUUCUCUACAUUCCACCAUUAAUGUUUAUGCCUGAUGUAUAUAGGCCUGAUAAUACUCAUAGUUAAUAUAAAAGUAAUGGUUAAUUUCUCCCACACUACAUAAAGGCUACGUAAAGGCUAUUUUGCACUGUUUAACAAAGAUGAAAGUUAAGCUAUCCCUUAUAAGUAAACCUAAUAUUUCUCCUCUAAAAUCUCAGUCAUCUCAUCAGAGUUUUCCAUUUUUUAAUCUUACGUGAACUGUUACAGUCCCAACUGAGUCCUACUUGGGAACUUUAAGUGUUAUUUGAUUUUAGUUGUUUACUGACUUUUUAAAGUUUAUUUUUAUUUAUUUAAAAGGGACAGUACAUUAAUCGACAUGUCCAUAGUACAUGUAAAUGUACCAAAUUUAGUUAUACAAUCUUAUUUUUCAUCUGGUCCCCAAGUUGACCUCACUAUUUUAAAUAAUUUCCAUAAAUCAUUUAGAUCUCACAUUUGAAUUGUUACUUGUGUGUAAUUACUUCAGUCCAUUUUCGUUGAGUGCACACUGUGCUGUGCACCCCCCUACAUAUCGAUAUAACAUAUGUGGUGUUCAGCUCCACUGGACCCAAGGGAAAUAAAAGUGUCGGAAAUUAGAUGAAAACAAGUCAAUGUGGUUUUCCACCUGGGCCUACUGGUAGUGCUAAACAAAUAUUUAGAAUUGCCAUUACGAUACAACUUUAUUAAUCCCCCGUAGGAGAAAUUUGUUUGGGCAAUAGACCAGCAGCAAUAGAAAAAAAAGAAAAAGUACUUCUAUAAACAAAAGUAGACCAUAGGGAAAAUGCUAAACGUAAGAAGUAGACAAGACAAACAGAGCAAACAACAAAUAGGGCAAACAAAAUAGACGGUAUAGACAGUAUAAAUUAUAAAAAGUGUAAAGCAUAAAGUGUAAAUUGUACACAUAUACACAUAUACAUAUGCAUAUACAUGCAUACAAUAACACACACACAUGCAUAUGCAUACACAUACACCACACGCUGUUGUACAGCCUAAUGGCUGUCGGCACAAAGGAG